UAAUCUUUAUAGCUGUCAUUUAUAGCCGCUUACUAGACGUCACGUCUGGAACCAGCUUAUCAUAAACACGUUGUUCUGCCGAUUAAUAUAAACAUAGAAACCAAAUAUUGUCCAUUGUUGGAUAUUAAAUUUCAGACUUUAGGAUGGCUGACUUCGAUAGUGCCACUAAAUGUAUCAGAAACAUUGAAAAAGAAAUUCUUCUCUUGCAAUCCGAAGUUUUGAAGACUCGUGAGGGGCUUGGGCUGGAAGAUGAUAACGUGGAACUUAAAAAGUUAAUGGAGGAAAACACGAGAUUAAAGCAUCGUUUGGAGAUAGUGCAAUCGGCUAUUGUACAGGAAGGCGGAUCAAUCGCAUCCUCCGAUUCUGGCAACCAAUCCAUUGUUGGCGAACUGCAGCAAGUAUUUACCGAAGCCAUUCAAAAAGCUUUUCCAAGUGUGUUGGUUGAGGCGGUUAUUACUAUUUCGUCAUCCCCCAAGUUUGGCGAUUAUCAAUGCAAUAGUGCUAUGCAGAUUGCGCAGCAUUUGAAGCAGUUAUCUGUUAAAUCGUCGCCACGUGAAGUGGCCCAAAAACUGGUAGCUGAAUUGCAAAAACCAAUACCUUGUGUCGAUAGAUUAGAAAUCGCUGGAGCGGGAUACGUUAAUAUUUUCCUGUCUAGAUCUUAUGGAGAACAACGCAUUAUGAGCAUCUUGAGGCAUGGGAUUGUGGUACCAUUAAUAGAAAAGAAACGUGUGAUAGUCGAUUUUUCCUCGCCUAACGUAGCGAAAGAAAUGCAUGUCGGUCAUUUACGUUCGACCAUCAUUGGUGAUUCAAUUUGUCGAUUUUUGGAAUAUCUCGGACACGAUGUGCUUCGUAUUAACCAUAUCGGAGACUGGGGAACGCAAUUUGGUAUGUUAAUUGCUCAUUUGCAGGACCGUUUCCCUAAUUUCCAAACCGAGUCCCCGCCUAUCAGCGAUUUGCAAGCAUUUUACAAGGAGUCAAAGGUCCGAUUUGACAGCGAUGAAGUAUUUAAAAAGCGUGCCUACGAAUGUGUAGUCAAACUGCAAAGUGGAGAGCUGAGUUAUUUGAAGGCCUGGAAUCUAAUUUGCGAUGUUUCACGCAAAGAAUUCCAAACCAUCUACAACAGAUUGGAUGUGAAACUAGUUGAACGUGGUGAAUCGUUUUAUCAAAGCAGAAUGGAAAAAAUCGUAGAAGAACUUAAGCAGGAUGGGUUCCUUGAAGAAGACGAAGGCCGUCUUAUCAUGUGGGGCGAAAAUCGCGCUGGAAUUCCUUUAACCAUCGUAAAAUCAGACGGAGGAUUUACAUAUGAUACUUCGGAUAUGGCCGCCAUCAAACAACGCUUGCAAGAAGAAAAGGCUGAUUGGUUGAUAUAUGUAACUGACGCUGGGCAGGCGACUCAUUUCCAAACAAUUUUUUCUUGUGCAAAACGAGCCAAAAUCCUACAAGAGAGCAAACAUCGUGUGGAUCACGUCGGAUUUGGUGUGGUGCUAGGCGAAGAUGGUAAAAAAUUCAAGACUCGUUCUGGUGAUACGGUGAAAUUGACAGAACUUCUCAAUGAAGGUUUGAGGAGGGCUAUGGAAAAACUAGUUCAGAAGGAAAGGAACUUAGUGCUCACACAAGAGGAGCUAGUUGCAGCACAAGAAUCAGUCGCCUACGGUUGUAUUAAAUAUGCGGAUCUGUCGCAUAAUCGUAACAACGAAUAUGUGUUCUCCUUCGAUAAGAUGCUGGAGGACAAAGGAAAUACUGCCGUGUAUCUGUUGUAUGCCUAUACCCGCAUUCGUUCUAUUGCAAGAAAAUGUGGCGGAGAUUUUGCAAAUGACAUGCAAAAGGUGAUCGAUUCCACAGUUAUUAAAUUAGAUCAUGAAAAGGAAUGGAAACUCGCCAAGGUGUUGCUUCGUUUUACCGACGUUAUGUUAUUGAUCAUGAAAAAUCUAUCGUUACAUCAUCUUUGUGAGUUUGUGUACGAAAUAUGCACUGCUUUUAGUGAGUUUUAUGACAGUUGUUAUUGCAUCGAAAAAAAUAAGCAAGGUGAAAUUAUUACUGUUUAUCCCUCUCGCGUCUUGCUAUGCGAAGCAACAUCAAAGGUGCUGGAAAAAUGUUUCGAUAUUUUAGGACUGAAGCCUGUGCAUAAAAUAUAAACGAUACAUCCACUUGAGGUAGCAUGCGCAGCAACAACAAAAUUAAAUCAAGCUGUUUACUAAUUACCCGGUUAACAUUGCAAAUGUUUCGACUAGUAUAUUUGCUGCUCGAAAUCUUUUUUUCAAUUUUUGUUCAUUCUCAUGAUUCAAUAAUAAAAUAUACAGGCGGUCCCCGAGAUACACGGUUAUUGGGGACCGAAAACGGCCGCAAAAUACCGCGUAUCUCGAAUUUCCGCGUAAGUCGAAUCUCGUGAUUUCCAGCCAAAAUAUCACUAAUUUUCGUGCAAUUUUGCAAGUAGGGGGUGGUUUUAGCCACCAAAUUAAUUAUUUGAUAUGUUUCUAAUGAAUUGAACAGUUUUAAACCUAUUUAAAUGGCAUUUUACAUUCGAUCAACACGGAAAUUAUUUGGUAUUUCACAAUGGAUGUGUCAAAUCAGUACAAUUUGCUCCAAGAACUGUCAAAUUUUGAAAACCGCGUAUCUCCGAAUCCGCGUAUAAGAGGUACCGUGUAUCUCGGGGACCGCCUGUACUUUCUUGACAGUUUUUCGCCCGAAUGAUCACCCAAGGCCUUAUUAGACGGAGCAAGGACUGUGUAGGAACGAGGACAAGUAAUGUAGAACGAUUUGACAAGUAGCCAACAGUUCGUAACAGGCAGUUUGACAUCUAAGAGCCCUUUUCGAUUCAAAAUUUAAUUGUGAUAAAAAUGAUAAAUCGGUCUGGUGAUCAAAAGAAAAUUGUAAAUUGAUUAUUGAAUGUUUCACCAAUUGUAUUCAUGCCUCUUUUAAUAAAAA